AUGACUGACUUAGCAACUGAAAAUGUUGAUACUACAUCAGCAUCGCAGACAGAUCUCGCUGAUUAUGCUACCAACCAGCUUCAAAAUACUACCAAGAAGUCAGAAUGUCAAGUCGGUACUGUGGAUAGAAGAUAUUCUCUGUGGAAUUUUUGGAUAUGUGGUCUCUUUUUGAAAAUACUAUUGUUUCCUGAUUAUUUCAGCACAGAUUUCGAUGUUCAUAGAAACUGGUUAGCGAUUACCCACAAUCUUCCUAUAACUGAAUGGUAUUUUGAAAAUACUAGUCAAUGGACCUUAGAUUAUCCACCCUUCUUUGCAUACUUUGAAUGGGCUCUAUCACAAUUCGUUCCCUCGGUGGUGAAAGAAGACGGUUGUUUAGACAUAGUAGAAGUAGGUCAAUUUGGUUGGCCCACAGUGAUAUUCCAAAGAAUGACUGUGAUCUUCAGUGAAAUUCUACUUUAUGCUGUAUUGCAAUAUUAUAUCAACACAACGUCGAAGGAUAGAAGAACUCAAAGUUUCAUAGUUGCAACAAGUAUUGUAGUCUCCCCAGGAUUUUUAAUAAUUGACCAUAUCCAUUUCCAAUACAAUGGGUUUCUUUUUGCAAUUUUCAUUGCCUCAAUUGUUACAGCAAGAAAUAAAAACUAUCUAUGGUGUGCAGCUUUCUACAGUAUCGCAUUAUGCUUUAAACAUAUUUUCCUUUACAUGGCACCAUGUUAUUUUGUAUUCUUGUUGAGAGCUUACGUUUUAAAUUUUGAAAAUUUUAAAUUUAGAAGUUAUAAAGAUUUAUUAUUUUUAGUGAAAUGGUCGCAUCUUUUAAAAUUAGGCAGUAUCGUGAUUGGAACACUUGCUAUAUGUUUUAGCCCUUUUAUUUUCCAAAUGCCACAAGUAUUAUCUAGAUUAUUCCCAUUUUCAAGAGGAUUAACUCAUGCGUAUUGGGCUCCAAAUUUUUGGGCUUUGUAUUCUUUUGCUGAUAAGAUCCUUUCAAUUAUUAUAUUAAGAGUUCCAUACAUAUACACUGUUAUUACAAGGUUUAUAUCAUCUCCAUUGAUACCUUCUUCAGUUAAUGAAAUUAAAGAACGAGUACAAGAGGCUAGUAAUAAUGGGUCUAAGGGUUUGGUUCAAGAUGUUGUAUUUACAGUACUACCUCAAAUCCCACCAAAGGUUACUUUUUUUUUAACUGUGUUCUAUCAAAUAUUAGCAGUCAUCCCAGUGUUAUUUGAUCCUUCCUUCAAGAGGUUUAUCGGCUCUUUGACACUAUGUGGUCUAGCAUCUUACCUAUUCGGAUGGCAUGUUCAUGAAAAAGCUAUACUGUUGGUCAUUGUUCCAUUUUCUUUCCUAGUUGUUUUGGAUAGAAGACUUCUAGUUUCAUUUAUGUUAGUAUCCGCUGCAGGUUAUGUUUCAUUAUUCCCAUUAUUGUACGAAAAUGCUGAUUUUGCAUUGAAAUGUUUAUACACUUUUGUAUGGUGUGUGGUCUAUUUCUUCGCUCUUAGAAAGACGACCAAGCUCUCUUCUAGCGUUGAAAGAAGAGUCUUCUUUAUGGAUAGAUUAGCGAUUAUCUAUAUCUGUUUGUUAUUACCUAUGGUCUUAGGGAUCCAAUUUUUCGAUGUAAUGAAAUGGAAAUAUCCUCUAUUCGAAAAAUUUGAAUUCUUAGGUCUUAUGACUUACAGUGUGUAUUGCUCUCUAGGGAUAAUGGGUUCAUGGAUUGGUAUAUCUUGGUUGUACAAUUUUGAUGAACCAUUAUGGGAAUCAUAA